UGAGUUAGUAUCUGACCCGAUGUUUUCUGGGAAAGCAUUUCUAAACUUCUGUUUCAGACGGCUGAGAGAGGAAGACACAGACAAUGACAGCGCUGGGCAGUGUUGUGGUUCAGACGGUCGUGUUACUGACGGGGCUGGUCGUCAUUCAGGGAGACACCCAGGUGGGCUGUGUGUUUGGGGGGAGCUGUGUGCUGCCUUGCCGCUUCCAGCCAAACAGUGAUACCAUCCUCCACUGGGUCAGGAAGGAUGGGGAGAACGUUCAGGUCCACUCCUACUAUGAUGACCAGGACCAACUGGGACACCAGGACCCUCUCUACAAGGGAAGGACCUCCCUGUUCCAUGACCAGAUCUCAGGGGGCAACGCAUCCCUUGGUCUGACCAGGGUGAACCUCCAGGACCAGGGCAGGUACCUGUGUUACGCCAGCACUUUAGAGUACAACCAGGAGACCUUCGUCAUCCUGACGGCGAGAGCUCCUGAUCCAACUCCUGUUGCUACAGUGUACAUUGCACUAGAGAACAACACUGUCACCUGUAAGUCUGAAGGACUUCUUUACUGAACCAUGUUCACUGGGCCAGGAACUGAUAAGCCACCUUAGACAUCGGGUGUAAAACCUUGUUAUCUAGGGCAUGUUUAAUGAGAAGG